UCGUCCCAUCGUAGCAUCCACAGCCGGAUCACCGUAGCAAAAAUGAGUCUGUUUGGAACGUCAUCUUCACUCAACGCGGAUAUAGAGAAAACGACCAGCGAAAAUAAUACGACGGAAAAUUGGGGUCUAAUACUGGACAUCUGUGACCGUGUUAACAAUGGUACGGCGACAGCUAAGGAUUGUCUAAAAUGUAUAAUAAAACGACUAAACUCACCCAACCCGCAUGUGGUGAUGAAAGCAAUAACGCUUCUCGAUGCGUGCGUUAAUAACUGUGGCAAACAGUUCCACCUGGAAGUUGCUUCCCGGGAGUUUGAAACCGAGUUUAAGAAGCUUUUGCAGAAAAGUCAACCAAAAGUGACAACGAAGCUAAAGCUUACCCUUAAACGCUGGGCGGAGGAUGUGUUCAAGUCCGAUCCGCAGCUCGAUCUGAUACCUUCGCUGUACAAAAAGCUACGAGAGGAGGGGCACGAUUUUAGCGACCCAUCGGCAACACCAAAGCGUGAAACGACGCUCAGCAAAGAUCCGAACGUCGUGUCUAGUCAGCAGGAGGAAGAUGACAUUGCGAAAGCGAUCGAACUUUCGCUGAAGGAAGUCAAAAACACGCAAUCGCCGAAGAUGAUGUCAUCAUCAUCGUCCGGUGCGACCGCUUCGUCACUGUAUCCUUCCGCUUUGCUAUCCACUGCACCUGUGGCAGAACCAAGGAAGGUUCGCGCACUAUACGAUUUUGAAGCGGCAGAGGAUAACGAAUUAACGUUCCAGGCAGGUGAAAUCAUCAUGGUCCUAGACGAUUCCGACCCAAACUGGUGGAAGGGUCAGAAUCAACGUGGCGAAGGACUUUUCCCUUCGAACUUUGUCACGGCGGAUUUAUCCGUGGAGCCCGAAUCCCUUACGACGGCAAAGGGUACGAAAAAGAGUGUCCAAUUUUCGGAUGAACAAAAGCUCGAAAGUGGCAAUGACAAGGAGGGUCAACAGAAGCAGAUACUGCAGUCGGCUGCGGUUGAAAUCAAUGAGGAAAAGAUUGACCGUUUGCUGCAUCUGAUACACGAAGCGGACCCGGAAGAUCCGUCCCAGGAUACGGACGAGAUGUUGCAGCUCGAGCAGCUCGUCAAUCAGAUGGGACCGAUGAUUGAUGCGGAGUUGGAGCGGGUCGAUCGAAAACAUGCACAGCUAACGCAGUUGAGUAGUGAUUUGGUGGAUGCAAUUAAUUUGUACCACAAUCUGAUGCGCGAACCGGACCGAUCGGGAAUGAUGUCGAUGUCGAUGGGUGGUGGUGGCCCAGCUGGCGGAUAUGUGGCUGCUGCUCCUCCACCCGGUGGCUAUGCGGGCGGUUCGAUGAAUCCGAUGUACGGUGGUAUGCCGGCCAUGUACCAGAGCCUUCCGGGUGUUGGAAUGUAUCCGAUGGCAGGUGGACCACCAUCGUUGCCCCCAGGGUAUAAUAUGGCCCAUCUUCGACACGAUAUCACACAAAUGAAUGUUGGUGGUACGAUGCCACAGUUCCCGACACCAGCCCAACAACCUCAUCCGCACCCUCAUCACCAUCAGUCUCAUGCGUUGCCAGGCCUUCAAAACGGGCCCACCAGUAAUGGGAUGCUUUCCCAGGUUGGGCCGACUACUUCGAUGUCCGGUGUAAGUAAUCAACAGUCCAGCGCGACCGUUGCACCACAGACGACGAUGCCAAAUAUGAGCGGUCCACCGAUGUCUCAGCAGCAGCAGCAGCAGCAGCAUGGUGCAAUGCCGCAAGGGUACGCGAAUCCAACGUCGCCUCCACCAGUUCCCGGUAUGUCUGUCGGUCCGUCGUCUCAUCAUCAAAUGCAGCAUCAAGCUCCACCAAACCCAAAUACGCUACCGCAAAUGCGACCAUCUGUACAGCAGCCACCGGUCAGUUAUCCGAGCUACGUUCCUCAACCGCAGCAGCAACAACCGGCCGUAUCUCAGCCGGGACAACAAACAACGUUGCCCGUUUCUGGUGGACCACCACCAACGUCCACUCAACCAGUCCAACCGAACCUGAACCAACAUCCUCAUCCAAGUCAACAUUUAUCGAUGAAUAUGCCGCCUGCACACUUCCCACCCACUUCUGGACCACAACAGCAGCAACAACCGCAGCAACAACAACAGCAACAACCGCCACAAUUCAUGCCUCAGAUGGGUCCACCACCGCCGAUGGGAAAUUUUGGCCCAAUGAUGGGCGGUGGUCCAAUGAACAUGUUUCCACCCGGUGGACCUGGUGUCGUCGGUGGUGGACCGUUGUCGAUCAACACUAACCACCACCAUCACCAGGGACCGCAAAACAUUCCCAUCUAUCAGCAGCAGCGGUAA